AUGUCAAUAAUACAAACUCAACCUCUUCCUCCUCGGACUUCAAACUCCAAUAACACACCUGCACCUGCAUCUUCGAAGACACCCUUACCUCCCCUGGCGAAGAUAGAAAAGCAAUAUCGAAAAUUCCUAGCAAAAAGGUAUAUAUCGUUCGCCUGGAGGUCAGGUGUAUGGAUAUCUAUCGCAUUAUCUAGCUCCAUAGUCUUAUAUACGGGCUCAUUCGGUAAAAUACCAUUCGCCAUCAUACUUUCUCUACCCGUGUUCGUAGCUUUAGCUAUAUUAAUUAGAACAAGAAAGUCGUAUAUAACUCAACCCCCCAAACACCUUCCCCGCCCCACACUACUGGGCUCCUCCAUCUCGUCAAUAUGGAACGAGCGAUCCAUCACCCUCCUGUUCAGCUAUGCAAUCUUUAGUUUGACUAUAUCCAACGUAUGGUGUAUACUUGUUGGAUCAGAUGAAUUGGCUUUGUUCAGCCCUACGACACGACAUAAAUUAGCUCUGAACGAAAGGAGGAUUGUACUCUGUUCUUCCAACCUAGCUCUUUUCCUUGUGUUAGGUGUUAAAGAGGUAUUGGGCGAUAAAUUGAAGCCUGUAUGGCCCCAGAAGAAGAUACCUUUCGCCCGAGCUGUACAGAAUUCUAUACUCGACUCUCUCAAUUUCGAUACUUCCAAUGCCCUCUCAAUAUCUCUCGUCUGGUCGAUCGUUGUUCCUUUUGCCUAUCGGAUAGUACUCAGAGGGCAUGUCUGGCAAUGGGUCAAUUGGAGGAUAUGGGCUUUGUUCUUGCGCCCAUUCAUCGGAUCGUUUGCUAGAUCUUCCACUCGUGCACCUAGCGCUUGGACAUUAGCUCCUCAAUUGCUCGUACUUGAUCUAGUCGCAUUGCUCGUUCUGCAAUUACCUGUGAAAGCCAUGAUGCCUUAUCUUGUUCAGAAAUCACCUCUUAGUCCCGAGAGAUAUUUGAUCACCGCUCUGAAAUCGCAGGAUCCAUACUACCUCCAAUUCACUCUGAUGGAACUCUUGCGAAUCUCACAUAUUCCCUCGCACAGAAAAAUCUUUUUCUCCGAUAUAUCCAAGUCACCUAAUCUUGUUGUUGAGUUAUGGCAAGAAUUAUUACUCCAAUUAGGAUCAAUCAACUCCAAGUUAUCUUCCUCUUCUACCUCUGUACCAAGAUCAUCAGUACCUGCCAAACCAUCUGUACCGGAUCCACGAGCGAUCCCAAUCAAACAAGGCGAUAUAUUCAGACCCAUUGCGAAGAAGCAAUCCACUUACGGACUAAAAGAAAUUCUCGAUGGACCUAUACGAUCGACUCCACCUGCUCCUGAGCCUAUAGCCAAAGUGGGUAACUUGGCGAUACAGAAAGUCGAACAAGUACAAACUCAGGUGGUACAUCGGAUAGAAGCUACUCCGAUAGGUACGACUGCUCUAGGUGAAGUAAGGAGUUGUAGACAAGGUGCAUAUGACUGGAUGGGCAAGGAAUGGGCAAGGAGGAACAUAAGGUUGAGCGCGGGCGAUUGGAUCUUGGCUCAGAGGAUCAUCGAAAUCAUGACCACUUUUGCUGUCGCUUCUGUUGAAGAGGAUACGUAUGGAUAUGUCCAGCAGGUGCUUCCUGCUUCUCUUGAGGCUAUAGUGAGAGUUAGAGCGUCGAUCAUGGGGUUGGAAGCUAGGUUGGUAGGUCAGGCGGUCGUGUUGGGACAAGGGAGAGAAGGAGCAGUAUGUGAGAUAGGGAGGGAGCUGGGUGCAGCAAGGAGUGCAUGCGAUAACUCGAUAAGAAGGAUAGGAGAGAAAUUCGGUCCUUCAUUGGGCACUUUCAGAUUCCCACCUGCUAUAGCUCAGACACUAGGGGAGAUAUGCAAGUCAUAG